UGUGUGUGCGCGUCUGUGCUUGUGUGCGCUCUCGUUCGUGUGUGUGUAUUUUACUUUUAAGCACAAGCCAUCUGAAGUUUGCUUCUACACCGGCCAGCCGAGGCUGCCGGCGCCUCCUGACGUACCCGAAUGGCUGGCGUGAGGGGCGGGAGAAACGUGCGCUCCAUCUCGCUGCGGAGGGCUGCGGGAAGGAUAGCCUGAGAGCCGCAGGAAGAGUGAAGAUGCAGCACACCACAUGUACCGAGGAUCGGAUCCAGCAUGCUUUAGACCGCUGUCUGGAUGGCCUCCGGUCAUCUGAAAGCCUCACGCAAUCCUGGAACACUGGGUGGUGCAUGAAUCGCUGGAGUCUGGAAGAACUCUUGAAGAGGGAUCCAGAAAACUUCCUGAUCCUGCUCCAACAGGUCGUCAGGCGUGCGAGAGAGGCACAGCAGGAGGCUGAAUAUGAGUUGGUGGCCCCUCUGGUCAUCAUGUUCGAGUCGACGCUCCUGCAGACCCCGUACUGUCCGCUGAAUGGUACGCUCCUGGCCGAGGCAUGUGAAGUGUUCCACGGCUUCCUGACGUGGCCAGAGCCCUACUGCAGUGUCUGCCGCCGUCUCCUAGCAACGCUACAGCAAGAGCUCCGAGCACCAGGAAUUUCUUAUCACAGGCUGGUGAGCGAGGAACAAGGACUCACUCUGACUGGCGUCAGUCAGCACUCCAGGGCAAUUACGGUGCUGCUGAUGAACCCGGUGGAUGUUCCUCCAGCGUUUCUGUCGGUCGUCGAGCGGAUGGGUGGAGUAGAUGUCUCUCAGAGAGACACCACCAUCACCCUUAUCAAACAUGCCUUCCAAGCCACUCUAGGCACCAAAUACCCUCUGCCCUCCAUCCACCUGGCCCUGCAGGCUUUCGGUGAGGAGGAGCUGAGCCAGGCCCUUUGCUUCGUAACAGAGCUGAUGGAGUCCGCAGCGGCCACGGCAGAGCCGGCUACAGCACGGGCUCGUGUAGCCAAGGGCCUGGAGGAGCUGCGAGAGAAACUCAACAUCCCAGCAUGCAACAGCAGGAAUGGAGAGGGGAUGUUGCAGAUUCUUAGGUUGCCUAUAGCCAAGUGCUACACGGUCCGCUGGGAGACUGACAGCUUUGACGUCCUGAAUGAACUCCUGGAGGCGGAGCCAGAGCUGGCCUGUCUACACACCUCCGAGUGUCCGGGCGAGGACGACGAAGGUGACGCGGACGAAGAACAGGAGCUGGACGAGAUGGAGGAGUUUGUGUCCAACGGCUACGUGGACCCACGAGCAUCCAUGUUUUCCACCGUGUCGUCCUUGUCCACGGCGUCCAAGGACUCCAUGUUGUCCACCCUGUCCGUGGCGUCGUGCGAGGGCUCGCCCCUAUCCACCAUCUCCUCCUCCUCGCAGGCGUCCGGCACGGACAGCGACUUCUGCGAGGAGGCGGAGGACGAAUCCCCGGUGCCGCCGGCCGCCAAGUCCAAGAGCAGCGCGGGCCUGUCCAGGCGCCUGUCCCGGCUCUUCCGUCCGCGUGGCGGACAGUCGCUGUCCCGCGCUAAGAGCCUGGGUACGGCCGAAGCCAAGGACUUCCUGCCCGCUGCCCGCUCCAAGCGCUCCAACUCGGUCCCGCAACAGGCGUUGGUGCGCAGCGCCAAUGGGCAGCCAGGUGAGGGCGCCCUGGAGCACCUGGGCCCGGGCCCCGGCCACUACAGGAGGCGGCCAAUCCUGAGCAGCGACGAGGGUGAGGUCCCGCCCGGUGCCCCCCUGCUCAGGGUGCUGGUGUUCGGGGCAGACCACAUGGCCGGCAGGGUGGCCCGAGCUUAUAGCAGCCUGAGGAGACAGGAAAGGGAAUGUCCCCGCCUGUCCGGGGCCUUCCGCUUCAGGUUCUUCUUUGUGCCAGUCCGGAGAGACCCAGUGGGAGGCGGAGCCACAGGACACUUCUCUAGCAGCCCGCUGAAGGUGGGACAGGAGGGCCUGUCGGACCAGCUGGAGGACAGUACCAAUGACAUCGCCCGCCUACUUGGCACUCUGGACCCCUGGUACGAGAGAAACACGCACUGUCUGCUCGACCUGCCACUGCAGAUCGUCUGUCGGCAGACGUCCAGGCCUGAGCUUGCGGAGGACUCGGUGGAAGAAGCCUUGCCCAUCCUGGCUGACCUGCUGCUCUACUACUGCAGAAACGCAACUCGGCCUGCACUUCUACAGCUCUACCAGGCAGAGCUGACUCUAGCUGGCGGAGAGACGAGGACUGAGUUCUUCAUCCACUCCCUGGAGCUCGGUCACACGGCAGGGACCAGAGCCAUCAAAGCCAUGGGGGCAGCAAGUAAGAGGUUUGGCAUCGACGGAGAGCGGGAGGCCAUGCCUCUGUCCCUUGAGCUGGUUUAUAACCAGGUGGUUAUUAGUGGGAGGAGUCAGAAGACCAGAGCAGAGAAGACUUGCACUUCAAUAAAUCUGACCAAGGCAUGUAGGAAUCCAGAGGAACUCAAUCCUAAAAUGGAGUGUCUGCAGCUGACUGUGACAGAGGUUCUGAAGAGACAGAACUCCAAAUCGAAGAAGAGCUACAACCAGCAACUGAGCACCACCCGGGUGAAGGUGGACAAGGUGCAGGUGCAUGGCUCUGGUAGCACCACGUUCGCCGUCUGCUUUGAUCAGGACGAGAAGAAGAUUCUUCAGAGUGUCACUCGGUGCGAGGUGUCCGUGUGCUAUAAGCCAGAGACCUCUGCUGACUGGCUGAGAGCGAGGACUCUGUCUGCUCAGUUCCAGCCUCUGCAGCCAACGUUCUGCUCUCUGCUCUGCCUCCCCAUCGCCACAUUCAGUGGACCCCAGCCGUGACCCCUAAACCUCAGGCUCCAAUAACUUGUUAAAUGUUUUCAGCUCAGGUUCAGUUGAACGGCACAUGGAAUUCAACGCUUUUGACCACUAAGGUGCAAACAACUUCUUAAAGUCUGGACAUAUGUUGCACACAACACUGUACACUGUGUAGGCAUUUUGUCUACUAAAUUGGGUUUUUUAUGUAGCUGUGUUUUAAUGCUCAGGAAUAAGCGAAAAACCCACAUUCAAUUGGGAUUGCUUUUUCUUGCCCAGUGUGUCCGACCCAAGCACAGACACCGAUAUGUACCAGGAAUGCUCAGGCUUUCUUUUUAACAGGCAUUUUUUUGUAAAUUAGAUGCGUAUGUAUAUUUGUAUUGAUAAUUGGUUUGGUUUUUCCCUAAUAUAAUUAUUUGAUUUAACAGUAUGUCUGAACUCAAAAAAUCUUAGAUAAGAAAUGGUAUCAACUUGUUGUACUUUGGUCGAUUGACCAGCAGAGGUCGUGGUUGACUAAUUGAAAGCUCGCCUGCAGCCACAAUUAUCUAAAGCGAGGCUUUCUGAGGCCUACAGUGGAGCACUUUUAAACGUUUGCCUAGAGAGAGAGAGCACAUCGUCAUAAAGUUUACAUUUACAUGGAAGGAAAACACUGAUUCUCUUGGGUGAGAAUAAUACUGUUUCAGUUUUAAAUUUAAAUACAUUUUUAAUCAAUGGCACACAUUAAAAAGUCAGUCUAUGUAGAUAGGGAUGUAUUUACUUCAAGAUGAUCUAACACCACUGAAUAUAUUUCUUUUUAAAGGUCUCAGGUUCCUGAAACACUUUUGUGCAACAUAUCUUUGUAUUAUUCUUACCAUUUUGCAGAUGUCUGGGAUGUAAAUAUGUUUUUGUUGUAAUUUCAGCUAACGUUUAUUUUUAAUUGUUGUAUUAAUGCACUUACACCUGAAGUUUAGGUCUGCUUAAACCUCAGGUAGCUGGCACAGGUUAAGAUUUGCAAGCUGUGUUAGGAUAGUGGCGCCUACCGCGAGAAACCGCAGUAAUUGAGGGGGUGUGCAGUAACAGCAGUGGCGUAACAACAAUCUGGGGCCCUUUUGUGGCUUUGAGAGCAGCGCUUGUCAUCUUGUGGCAACGACAAACUUAAUUUUAAAACUGUCCGGCAGCUGAGUAGCUGUUUCUAACAUGGUACUGUCCCUGGGUGCUUUAAAUGUUUGUUUAAAUGUGUUUGUUUUCUUAAAUUAUAACAUUUGUAUAUUAUUUGUUACUAAGUGAAAAUAUCUAAUAAAGUCUUUUAAUGGGUGAA